AUGGGAGUCACAGCCGUGCUCAUGCUGCCCCUGCUGCUGCUGGGAAUCAGCGGCCUUCUCUUCAUCUACCAGGAGGUGUCCAGGCUGUGGUCAAAGUCAGCCGUGCAGAACAAAGUGGUGGUGAUCACCGAUGCCAUCUCGGGACUGGGAAAGGAGUGUGCUCGGGUGUUCCACACGGGCGGGGCAAGGCUGGUGCUGUGCGGAAAGAACUGGGAGAGGCUAGAGAUGCUGUAUGAUGCCUUGAUCAGCGUGGCUGACCCCAGCAAGCAGACAUUCACCCCGAAGCUGGUCCUCUUGGACCUCUCGGAUAUCAGCUGUGUCCAGGAUGUGGCAAAAGAGGUCCUGGAUUGCUACGGCUGUGUGGACGUCCUCAUCAACAAUGCCAGCGUGAAGGUGAAGGGGCCUGCCCAUAAGAUUUCCCUGGAGCUCGACAAAAAGAUCAUGGAUGCCAAUUACUUUGGGCCCAUCACAUUGACCAAAGCCCUGCUGCCCAACAUGAUCUCCCGGAGGACAGGCCAGAUUGUGUUAGUGAACAACAUCCAAGGGAAGCUUGGGAUCCCAUUCCGUACAGCUUACGCUGCCUCCAAGCAUGCGGCACUCGGCUUCUUUGACUGUCUCCGGGCCGAAGUGGAGGAAUAUGAGGUCCUUGUUAGCACCGUGAGCCCGACUUUCAUCCGGUCGUAUCACGUGUAUCCAGGCCAAGGAAACUGGGAGGCCUCCAUCUGGAAAUUCUUUUUCAGGAAGCUGACCUACGGGGUACACCCCAUGGACGUGGCCGAGGAGGUGAUGCGCACCGUGAGACGGAAGAAGCAAGAGGUCUACAUGGCCAACCCCAUCCCCAGGGCGGCCGUGUACGUCCGCACCUUCUUCCCAGAGCUCUUUUUCGCUGUGGUGGCCUGUGGGGUGAAGGAGAAACUCAACGUCCCAGAGGAGGGUUAA